UGUAAUGUGCACGGGAGUGCAGCGGGGCUGGGGAAGGGACUCGGUGCACCAGCUGGCACAGGGAGGGCUGCGGAGCGGGGCACGCGGGGCCCCGCGCUGAGUCCGUUGAUGCAGAACCUGGCUGCGCUCCCGCAGAUCACAAUGGAUAUUACCAGGGGAAACUUGGAUGAAAUUUCAAGGCCUGCAUCUAGCUCAAGAGCGCAUCCUGUAAGCAGAGCUUUAAGUGCAUCUUUGGAGGUUCUAACACCAGAGCCAUGCUUGUCAAAGGUUUCUUCACCAGUUGAUUGUAAAGAAGACAAUUCACGAAACAGCAGUGUAGAGGAAGACAAAGAUGAUGAUAGCGAGAAGCAUGAAAUGAAGACUAUGAGAAUACAGACUUCUGAGGGGGAAAUUAACUGCAUUUUCCAGCAGCAGAUACAAAAUGCUAAUGAGCAUCCAGCAAAUUCUACCAAUCUAGAAAAUACUGAAGAGAAAGAUAUAGAUCCCCGGAUUCAAGAAGCGAUAAAGAAGAUGAAUAAACUGGACAAGAUACUGGCAAAGAAACAAUCUAGAGAAAGAGAAAUUAAAAAACAAGGCAGAGAAGUGAGGGCAAAACUUUGGGAAGAACUUCAGUCUGUAACCUCACUAAGUGCUUCAGGAACUCAAGAGGAGAUAGAAAAUACAAACAAAUUUUUAGCUUUGACCUCCUCAUUGCAGGAGACCGUUGAUCCUUCCCAUUCUGAAGAAGAUGAAAUAUUUAUUUCAGUAUUUCACACACAAAUUAAUUCAGAAGAUUAUGGCCGCAAUGAAAAGCAAGCUGUACAGGACCAUCUAAAUGAAAUUGAAACAAGUGGCUCACUGAAAGUAACAGGAAAAACACACCAUAAAAGUGACACCAGAAGUAAAAAUACUCAAGAUUUUAUUAAAAAGAACAUCGAGCUGGCAAAGGGUUCAGGGAGCCAACUGAUUAUGCUAGCAGAAGAGAAGAAAAGAUUGGUUGAACUGUUGAAAGAUAUAGAAGACAAUGGCAGUGAACUUCAAGGCAUUGAGGAAGAUGUCUCUGGUUGGCUAAUACCAGGAGAAGGGUACACACCUGAACCAAUGGAAUAUCAUCACCUAAGUGAAAUAGAUGCUAAACUCCAAGUAGUACUCUCUAAUGGAGAUUUCUCUGCAAGUCACAGCUCCUGCUCAAAAGUCCCAAGCCAAAUUUAUCAGGAAUCUCUGGCUUAUGCAAACAGAAGUUUGGAAGCAGUUCCAGGUGAGAAGGCCCUGCGAGACACACAUGAGCAACGUGAGCAACAAAACCGACUUAAAGAGAUUAAUCAACAGCUGAAAAAUCUGGAGGGAAAUCUUCCUGAAGAACUACCUCCUCUCUCUGAAGAGCAGCUUGUGACUCUUCUGGAAGAAUGUAUGCAGUUCUCAAGAACAAUAAGCAAUGUUACCGUGCCAGAAUUACAGGAAUCUCUUUCUGAUGGAAUAAAUCCCUCUUGUAACACAACUCAAGACUCCACCCUAAUCUCCAGGUCUACUCUAUCCAAACUGUUAGAUGAAGGCCAUAGUGUGGGGAUGUUAACACCUCAGGAAAAGGCUGGUAUCGAAGAUAAAAGUAUAUGUGAAAGUGCAGAGGGUGAAACCUGUGGCUACUAUCUCAGUAAAGCUUUGGCCAUUAGUCAUUUAUCAAAUGAUUCUGUGGCCCAAACAGAAGAACCUGAUGACCUAGAAAGUUCACGGGAGAUGGAGAAUAAGAAUAAUACUGAAGAUUACUUUACGUCAAGAGCACUCAGUGCAGAAAGAUUGAAAAAACCCUCUUUCUUGGAUGAACUAUUUUAUUGCGUCAGCAUGAACAAUGAGCUAUCCACAGAGGCUGACAUUCCCAGCAUACCAUUGCAGACCAGAGGAGAUGAUCUGAAGAUUGAAGAUGUGGCACCAGAGUAAUAUACAUACUCCAACUUACAGUCAUUUUUAUAAAACAUUGGUAAACUACACUUCAGUGUUUUUCAUUAACAUAUGAUCAUUUCAGAUUCUGAAUGCAGUGAAAUCGUCAUGCAUAUAUACACUGCGUACCAUAAUUAUUACUGUGAAAUAGUUUCUUCUUACAGAGAAAGUUAUUAUUGUCACACAUUGCAGUUUGAGUUCUAAAGGGAAAAUAUUCCUUUUAAUUGAGUUUCUGGUGAAUAUUUUACAUAAUAUUGUUCAGUGUUUUACCAGCAAUGUACAUUUUUUCAACAUAUAGUAGUAGACAUAAUCACAAAGUUGUAUUGAAUUCAGUAAAAUUGAGUAUGAACUUUGUAAAAAUAUGACAUGUCAAUUCUAAUAAUCGAUUUUUUUCUGUUUUUGCAUACAUUUAACUGUUUUGAAGAAAAAUGGCUAAAAUCUGACCGCAUCUGUUCCUAUCUGCAGUGGAGUUGUUUGUGGUACGGACGGGAUUCUGUAAAGUGGUGAGGGCUCUGUCCCUGAUUCAACAAAGUGCAUAAUCAUUUGCUUAUUUUUAAACAAACAAUAAUUGACAUCAUUAGGACUACUCCUAUGCAUAUAGUUAAGUAUGUGCAUAAGUACUUUGCUGGAUUAGAGCUAGAGUGCUCAUCACUUUGCAGGAUUAAGCAAUAGGUGAAGAUAAGAAUUUAAUCAUGUGGCGAGUAGCCUUGGGUUCCCGUUGAGGUACAUAACUAAUUUGCAUAGAGAGUCAGUCUCUGUAAUCCGUUCUUAGGGUCUGCUUCUCAGUUGCACUAAAGCUCCUCUACACCAAUUUAACAGUAUAGAGAAGCCUAAUAGUGUAACUGAAAGUCAGAUCCACAGUCCUUAAUGGGAGUUUUGUCUUAACAAGAACUGAAGACAGAAUUUAGAAGUUGGACGUAACAGAAGGUAGGCAGGACCUGGAAUGAUAAUAACGGAAUCUGAAACCUUCUGGUAAUGCCCAGCAGUAGGGUGGAAAACAGCAGCUGUUUUAUGUUUGAGAUAACGGUAUUAAAAAUUUACCUUGUCCACACUCCCUCCCUCGCCACUCCGUCCCUUGAAUUUUUGGUUUCUUAAAGAGGCAAUCUUCUUUUCACUAUUAUGUGAGAAUGAAAGAACUUUUUUAAGUGAUUUUUUUAAAGAUUCUGAGGGAAAAAAAUGGUCGUUCUAACAAAGAUAAUUUGGUGGUUACAUCAAAGAAAUCUAUUAAUUUAAUGUGACCUCCACAUAUAUCACAUUGACAAGUGUUCAGUUAACACAAGCUAAAAGCAUAAAUUUUCUUUUAGAAUAUCAUGCUGGCUUCCACCAUUCAUUGAGAAGAAACUUCUGGUUGUACUGAUACAAAGUCAGUAAUGGCAAAGGUCAUACAUGAUCUAAUCUGAACUCAAAGUAAUAAACAUAUUGAAAGUCUAAUCUGUGUUACCAAUGUUAAUGCAAGUGGAGUUACUCCAUUGACUUACUUGGGAUUUACAUGGAUUUAACAGAUCAGAAACUAGCCCAGUAUGUUUUACCUUAUGAAUUUACAUAACUGAUGCAUUAUAUGUGCCAUAAUCAAGUGCCACUUGUCUCGUUAGCAGUUUAGUGAAUGUUGGGCUCAGGAACCAGACCCAAACCACUCCAGAUCAUGGCCGCCACAUUGUAUGCAUGAUUUAUAUAUUACAUGCGAAAAUUAAAGGCUAACAGUGAAGUUAUCAUGGAGACUAGCAGCCUAGGAACAUUUCUGGAGAGCAUAAAAAAUUAAAUCAAAAUAUCUCAUACAUACAAAAUAUUCAUGAGGUAAUACAACAAUAGAUUAAAAUAUAAUUGUAGUGGGUGGCCUCACCCAUGGAGUGUCCCCUGACAGCCCAGUGCAGUGCCACCAUUGUGUCUCUACUUCAGUCUCCCCAAGUGGGAGUUUUAAUAAAUC